AUGGCCAGCCAGAGAGGGCUGAAAUCUGGAGGUGAUCUCCGUCGAAUAAUAGGAGACUUGAACAUAGGUUUUGACCUUGAUCUACCUCUCCAAGAGUCCAGCGCUUCAUCACAAAACUCCACAAUCGAAGAGACGUGCAUGAAACGCAUAACACACAUAUACUGGAAAGGCAACCUCGCAAGUGCCAUAACUCAGUUUGCUGACUGGGAGUCAAGCUUGUUUCCCGGUCGUCAGAUGUUUAGGGAAAACCUUCGGGAUUAUGACACUAUAGAUUCACUUUCAUCUGCUGCGCUUCGACGCGGGUUUAAUGUUCGACUGAGAAUGCGUUCAGAGAAGGAAAAGGCCCUGGUUUAUGAAAAACUGGGCGAUAUAUUAUCAGACAACAGUUGGAUGAUAAGGAAUUCUCUAGCUUCAGAUGGUAACAGUACCCUUUCUCCGUUGCGAGGGUGUAGUUUUACGUCUACCAUAACCGUUGCUACUCCAGACACACCUGUACCUGAAGCCAGCUCCAAAUUGGUUAAAAGAAAACAAAACAACAACUCUGAGGUAUUUUCCACCGCGCCUUCGUCCCCCAUUCUUGAUUUUGACACACUUUCUUUAUCUGAUAAUUGCGAUGACGGCGACGGUUCUGAUACCUACACGCUCUCUGAUUUCGCCAAUUUUGAAGGAUUUGAUUUUGAUUUUGCUAGUCCCUCUAAGAAACAAAAGCAGCUAAAGCUCGAAGGUUACGGAUUUCGCUCCACCGUGAAAGUGCCUGAGCCCCCUGCGACGCCAAAUCGGAAUGAGGAACGCCAGCCGAAAAUUAACAGUAGGAUGAAAGGGACAAAGUGCCUUAGCGGCCCGAAUUUACCGAACCCAAAAAUGUUUUCAUCUACCAAUAAUAUUAACCCUGACACAAGCUUCGCCUCGACCACCGUAACUGUUGUCUUCGCAGAUUCUCACAUUACCACCCCAGAUACAUCCUUUGAAAGCAUCAGGCCGAAUUCAUCGUUUCCAAAAUAUCCAAUAGUUAGUAUUCCUACAAGGCUCACACUGUUAGAUGAGGAGAAAAGGGAUAGAACUGUUAUCGAUUUGGCGAAAAACGGCCCGUUUUCCAAACGUGCUACAUGGUUUAAAGAACUUACCCUAAGAUAUCGAUAUGAAGCUGAACGUGUGGCACGGGGUUGUGGCAUCUCAUUUGAGACCAUAGACACGGAAAAUACACUUCCUGAAGACCUAUCGUACGAUGCAUUCUGGCAAAUGCUAUACCGUGGAUCGAAUAUGAACAAGCUGGAAAGAUCUAAACAUGGUGCCUGGAACCUCGCAGUUGGAAAUUUCAUAGACUCAGAAACACAUGAAAUGGUCGUUCUCAGUGGUGAGCUUGAAUGGGGGAAGAACGGAUCUUUAAUACUAAUUCUGCACCCCCUCAAAAUCGAAAAAAGCCAUAGGUUCGCUCGCCGGUACGGGGCCGACAGGUUUAUGGAAAUAACAAUACCCAUGAAGAAUGAUAGGUCUGGCCGCGAUGCAGAACUAUUUGUGAAGGCCAUAUCUAAAUGGCUUUCAGCCGAGAAUCAUUAUCUGUUUGGCCGCAUAUGGCGUGCAUUCUACAUCGAGGAUCUUAAGUCAAAGUCAAAGGCAAAAUCUCCUGGUGGCGCUGGGCGCAAAAAGGUAUUUCUAUUUGCAGUCGAUGGUGAUGAUUUCCUGAAAGUCCCGCCAGAAGUCUCACCGCUAGAUGAGCUAUCUGGGAGCCGUACGCCUAUGACAGUGGAACAGCUGGUUAACUGGCAUAUACUGUAUCCCAAGAACAAACACCAGGAAGACUAUAAAUUGUUCAACAGAAUCCGUCUAGGACUGUCGAGGACUACGCCAACAAUUACCCUCCGGCCGGAGGAAGUCAUUUACGAUAAUGACCCGAGGCAGGAGCAGAUGAGUGAUGGUUGUGCCUUGAUUUCAAAAUCUUUAGGGAAGGCCAUUACAGACUCCCUAGGCCUCUCCAAAGUCCCGGCAUGUUUCCAGGGUAGAUUUGCUGGCGCUAAGGGCAUCUGGAUAGUUGCCAGAGAUGACCAAUGCCCACAAGUAAAUGGACUUCGACAAACAUUCGAAACCGAUAGGGGAUACUGGAUGGUCAUAAAUGCAUCCCAGUUAAAGGUCAAGCCUCCGCCCUGUGAUAGGGGUGUGUUGCUAGACAAGCACCAAAUGACUUUUGACGUCUCUUCCUAUGCUAGGACCCCUCAGUCAGUAUACCUGAACACCCAAUUCUUAAUGGUACUGCAAAAUGCAGGUAUCAACAAGGAGUACCUUUCCUUUAUAAUCCAAAUGGAAGCAGACAAAUUUUAUGAUGGCUACCUUGAAAUCAUUCGAACUGGGGAUUCCGCGGCCUGUCGUGACUGGAUUAAGCGAAUGGGAGGAAGUACGGCCGUCAAAGCCACGAUGUCAGAUGGAUUUCCCCCUGACACACUAGGACAGAUUAUCAUGCUUCUCGAUGCCGGUUUCCUCCCUUCUAAGCUGUACUUCCUGCGCAGACUUUUCAAGUUUUACUUUGAUAAUUAUCUCCAAAAACUCGGAGAUCUCAAGAUAAAAAUCCCCAAGUCAACAUACGUAUAUUGCAUUGCUGACCCAUACGGGGUACUUGAAGAAGGCGAAGUUCACCUUGCCCCUGGGGACAACUGGGAGGAUACACCAGACCUGGACGGCAUCGACAUUUUAGUAGCUCGUGCGCCUGCUCAUUUACCUAGUGAUAUCCAGAAGUGUCGAGCCAUCUUCCACCCGGCUCUGAGGCAUUUGAAAGGAGUGGCUAUAUUUUCUACCAAAGGCGAUGUUCCACUUGCGUCUUUACUUUCCGGCGGUGAUUAUGAUGGCGACGAAGUUUGGGCCUGUUGGGAACCGGGGUUAGUUAACCCAUUCCGUAACCAGCCAUUUCAAGAAAUACCAAAGCCCGAAAAGUAUGGCCUGAUCAAGGUAUCACAACGUGUGGUGGAUUUUUCAUGCCUCCUUAGCCAUCUUGCGGAUACCCGGAAGUCAGGCUACGAGUACCCAGCAGCAAAUAGACUGGCUUAUCGUAGAAGCAUAGGUCCUGCUACCCCAGAUAAUCCAGCGUAUAAAAACCCUGAGAUACCGGAAUGGAAGGCGGAUAAUAUCCUCGAUUGCCUCAAGUUCGAGGUUAUCAAGAAUGUGACUAAUAAGUUGCAUGGGCGCCUGAAUAAGGACUGCCCAUCAGAUGGUAUCCUAAGGGUUGACGGAGACCUUGUAGCGAUAUGGAACAUGACCUGGAACCGUGCGAACCAAGAAAGGAAUAUGGCUUCUAACAAAGAUAAAACCAAGUGCACCAAGCUGUUAGAUGCCAUCCAAGGUAUCCGGAAGCAGGUUGAGAGAGCCUGUCAAAGUUAUAUGGCUAAUAGCUUAUCCUAUGGAGCUAAAAUCACUCUCGCCAGCGAAAUAUUAAUGGCUAUCCAGCCUCCUGAGUUUGACCAUAAACUCAGCAUCGUAUGGAGGGAGUCCGAGCAUGAGUGGAAGAAGCUACUGGCUUCAUGUGCAUAUCACUCCUUUCCCGAGUCAUUAUUCCCAUGGCAUGCGGCUGCUGAAAUCCUGUGCGAGAUUAAGUGCAGAGCCGUUGGUUCGUGGCACGGCGUUACAUCUCCCAUUUACCAGGUGCUGGAUGUAAGCACCUCAAAAGUAAAGAAGGCUGAAGCAGAACGCCGCAAGGCAGAUCCAGAAGACCUAUUGAUCUCUCAAUACUUCGAUGAGCAGGCAGCCUUUGACGAUGACGACGAUUGGUUUUCUGUUGCUUAA